UUAUCUUCUGCGCUCCUGAAAAACCUCCCGCAAAAACCCCCCCAAAGGAAAACGAUGCUCUGCAUCUUCAAGAAUGGCUCUCCCCGCUAGAACAUCUUCAAUUUCUCCACACAAAGACUAUCCCAAUCCUUCCUCGCCCCGAACCCAUAAUUCCAGAACCGCACGUUUCCCUCCUGCUCCUAGAACUCGUCAGAUUGGUCUAAGAAAGUCUCAGCAAGUGUCUGUCCUCAACACCAGCUCCCUCAACACCCAGAACCCAAAUUCUUACCUGUGUGAGCUGUGUCUGCGCGGUGACCUUCAACAAGCUCUGGGAUGCUUAAACUCCAUGCAAGAAUUGAAGUUUGAUGUCGAGGAAGACUCUUUCAUCGCUUUCUCGAGGCUAUGUGAGUACAAGAGAGCUUACGAUGAAGGGGCCCUCGUGUUUUCCUUUGUGUUGAAGGUGUAUUCCCAGCUGAGCAUUAGGCUGGGUAAUGCUCUGUUGAGCAUGUUCGUGAGGUUUGGCAACUUAGCCGAUGCAUGGUACGUUUUUGGCAAAAUGAACGAGAGGGACGUGUUUUCGUGGAAUAUCAUGGUUGGUGGGUAUGCUAAAAAUGGUUUCCUUGACGAGGCUUUGGAUUUGUACCAUAGGAUGUUGUGGGUUGGGAUAAAGCCUGAUGUUUAUACAUUUCCUUGUGUUUUGAGAACUUGUGGUGGUGUGCCUGACUUGGCAAGGGGGAGGGAGGUUCAUGUGCAUGUUAUUAGACAUGGGUUCGAGUCGGAUGUGGAUGUUCUUAAUGCCUUGAUUACCAUGUACAUGAAAUGCGGCGAUGUUGUGAGUGCGCGUUUAGUAUUUGAUAGAAUGUCCAGAAGAGAUAGAAUUUCAUGGAAUGCAAUGAUAUCUGGGUAUGUAGAGAAUGGGGAAUGUUAUGAAGGAUUGAGACAGUUCUUUAGGAUGCUUGAACUUUGCAUUGAUCCUGACAUCAUGACCAUGACUAGCGUGGUCUCUGCUUGUGAGAUUCUUAUGGACGGGAAGAUAGGGAGAGAGAUUCAUAGUUAUGUGAUAAGAACAGCAUUAGGUGAUGAUGUUUCAGUUGCUAAUUCAUUGAUUCAAUUUUACUCAAGUAUUGGGCAACGGGAGGAAGCUGAGGACGUAUUCUCUAGCAUGGAAUGUAAAGACGUAGUCUCUUGGACAUCGAUGAUUUCAUGUUUCGAGGAUAAUUUGCUUCAUGAGAAAGCAAUAGAGACUUUCAAAAUGAUGGGAGAAGCUGGUGUGGCACCUGAUGAGAUCACUAUAGCUACUGUUCUCUCUGCUUGUGCUUCUUUAGGACGUUUGGACGUGGGAACUGAGCUUCACGAACGUGCAAAUGAAACGGGGCUAAUCUCGUGCUCAAUAGUUGCGAACACUCUCAUUGACAUGUACUCCAAAUGCAAAUGCAUAGACAAGGCCUUGGACAUUUUCUACAGUAUUCCAGAGAAGAAUGUGAUAUCAUGGACUUCUAUCAUCCUUGGGCUUCGGAUCAACAACCGGUGCUUUGAGGCUCUGAUUUUCUUUCGGCAAAUGAAACUCAGAUUGGAGCCCAAUGCCGUUACUUUGAUCUCUAUCUUAUCUGCAUGUUCUCGAAUAGGAGCCUUGAUGUGUGGCAAGGAGAUUCACGCGCAUGUAUUAAGAAAUGGACUGGCAUUCCAUGGUUUCUUGCCCAACGCAUUACUGGAUAUGUAUGUCAGGUGUGGAAGGAUGGGAUCUGCAUGGAAUCAAUUUAACUUGCAUGAAAGGGAUGUUGCAUCUUGGAAUAUACUUUUGACGGGCUAUGCAGAACGAGGACAAGGGACGCUGGCCUUGGAUCUUUAUCAUAGAAUGAACAUAUCUGGCGUAUGCCCAGAUGAAAUUACUUUCAUUUCACUGUUAUGUGCUUGUAGCAGAUCUGGAAUGGUUGAUGAAGGGUUGGAAUACUUUCAGCAAAUGCAGUAUGAAUACUCUGUUACGCCUAAUUUGAAGCAUUAUGCAUGUGUGGUUGAUUUACUUGGUCGUGCUGGGCACUUGGAGGAUGCAUACGAGUUUAUUCAGGAAAUGCCCAUAGCUCCAGAUGCAGCCAUAUGGGGUGCUUUGCUUAAUGCCUGUAGAAUUCAUAGGCAGGUUGAUCUAGGCGAGCUUGCAGCUCGGCAUAUAUUUGAGAAAGAUACAAAGAGUGUGGGCUAUUAUAUUCUGCUGUGUAAUCUUUAUGCUAACGUUGGAAAAUGGGAUGGAGUUGCGAAAGUCAGAAAAUUUAUGAGAGAUAAGGGACUGACUAUAGAUCCUGGGUGCAGUUGGAUAGAGGUGAAAGGGAAAGUUCAUGCUUUCCUCAGUGGUGAUAAUUAUCACCCUCAGAAACCAGAAAUUAAUGCAGUUAUAGAAGGAAUCUAUGAGAAAAUGAAGAUACAUGGUUUUGGCAAGUUAGAUAAUAGUUCUGUUGAUGAGAUUGAAGCUUCAAGGGCAGAAAUUUUCUGCGGACAUAGUGAGAGACUAGCCGUUGCAUUUGGGCUCAUCAAUACUGCUCCUGGGAUGCCUAUCCGGAUCACAAAGAAUCUAUACAUGUGCCAAAGCUGUCAUGAUAUAGUGAAGUUUAUUUCUAAGGUGGUCCGCAGACAAAUAUCCGUUAGGGAUACAGAAAAUUUUCACCAUUUUAAGGAUGGAGCUUGCUCUUGUGGUGAUGAAGGUUACUUGGGAAAGCAGCAUAGAUGAAGCUAGAGCAAGGUUUUCUCUUCAUUUGAUUCUCUCUCCUGGGACAUACUGCAAUUAUACUUGUAGACAGCACUUUAUGUGUUUGUGCUUCCUCGCUCGCAGAGAAACUUACUAGGAAUGUAAAACAAAAAGAAUUACACCCACAAGAAAAGCAUCUGUAUUGAAACUUGCAAAGUUCAUCGUGACUGGAUUGUGUAUGGUCUGACAAUCGGGCUGGCUCUGGACUAGAAAGUUCAUCAGUUUGAACUUGAAUCUUUCCAUUUAGGUAAUUAUAGUGUACAAUUCCCAUUGGCUAUCUAACGCAUACCAAAUUUGGAGGUUGAUAUGCUUCC